UGCCUGAACGUCCGGACGUACGGAAAGUUGACAAGUCGCAGCAGUCACGGUGUAAAAUAUUUUUCUAUUACAAAAGUGCUUUAGCGGAGGUACGAGAAAAAAACGUCCAAAAAUGGGCGAUUUUUGUGCCAAUGAGUGGAAUUUAGUGGAUAUUUGUGGCUCUAAGCCACAAAUUAUAAAAUAUAUUGCCGAAGAGACUGUCACCUGUUUACUAUGUGAUAUGGUAGCAAUGAAAUGCGAAACUAUGUCAAGAACUGAACUUUUUUCACGUGCAAAGCAACGGAAUGCAAGUUUGCAGCUGGAUGAUGACAAAAUCUUGGAUUUAAUAACAAAAUCAAAAGCUUCAGAGUACAAAUUGGAAGAGGAAUUUGAGUUAAAUGUUAAAUAUUAUAUUUCGGGAUAUCCUUAUCGCUUUACGUGGCAUUUAGCAAAAGCUUCUGCUGAGGAAUUCAACAGACACCUCACAGCUCCCCUCCUGUGCACUCUGAAAGCUUCUCAGGAGAAGAUUAAUGAACUGCAGGAGCUUUUGAAGAAGAAAGAUGAGGAAAUUACAGGAUAUAAACUCUCAGGAGCAACAUUAGUUCGAAAACACCUCGAAACAACACCCUUUGACGCAAAAGAUUUUCCACGAAAAAAUGAUUUUUCCUUUGUGGAUAGUCAGAGUAUUGGAAAAAUUUACAAUCUCUGCGGAAUUGCCCAAAUUCCUGAAUCAGCAACGAAUGAAACAACAACAAAAGUCCCAAAAUCUCCAUCAGCAGGAACGUCCAAUGCCCCGGCAAAAUUCUCCCCAAGAACCCCAAGACGAAGUCGAUUGCUGACGAAUCUUAAACGCCCCAAAGUCGAUAAAAUGCUCUACGACGAUCAAGGGAGUUCCCAGGAAGUGGAAGACGGCGAUAAUCUCGUUACAAGCACUGAAACACCACCAAGCAAUUCUAAAAUUCGAAAACGACUAAAUCUCUAGAGAAUUUCUUGUUUUCUUUCGUUAUCACAAACUGAUAAAUUAUUUCCAAAGAAGUAUCAAGAAGUAUUAUAUUGAAAUGUCUUGCAAAAUGUAUUUCUAGUGCAAAAGCAACUCUUGAAGAAUAAACUUGUUCUCGUUGAAUUAAAAAAAAAAGAAAAUGUUGUGGACUUUUGUGAAAUUACUGCUUUUUCUUCAAUUUUUGGAUUUGACUUUAGGGCAGUAUUGCAAUGAGGAUAUUGUAACCCAGACGGUGACAAAAGUGGAUAAGCAAUACACGGAACCAGAAAAGUAUGAUGCUAAAUGCGCCUUCAAUGGAGCACCUAGUAAUCAGUUCUGCCCAUACUGGAGGAAUGUGACAAAGACCAAGACGGAGGAGAAAAUUGAGAAUAAAAAAAGAACAAUUAUUAUUUGUUGCGAUGGAUACCAUCUUGUCAAGAAGGAAUGCCUUCCCUACUGUGAGCAAUCAUGCGUUAAUGGGUUUUGCUCGAGCCCCGGUACUUGUUCCUGUUCAAAGGGCUACACCAAGUCCCCGAAUAAGGACAAUGUGUGCGAUCCUGUUUGCAAAUCCUGCAUUAAUGGUGACUGUGUAGCUCCCAAUGAGUGUAAAUGCCACGAAGGAUACAUCAUGGAUACUGCAUCGUCCAAGUGCAAGGCUACAUGCGGGAAUUGUGCUUUUGGGAUAUGCGACGAUACACCAAACAAGUGCAAAUGCUUUCAAGGAUACGAAAAAGAUGCCGAUGGCAAAUGUACCGUCAAGUCCUGCCCAACGGUGUGCAAAGGAGGGAGCUGCGUGGAUGGGAAAUGCGAAUGUAGCGAUGAUCUGUUGUGGGAUGAUGAAAAAUCCUCAUGCAUCCCCAUUUGCCCCACCAUUCCACCCACUAUUACCGAAUCCCAAAUACCUGAAAACAUUACAGUUCUCUUCGAGGAAAUAGCAACAACGGAAAAGCCCAUCAUUGAUGUUUCGUUAAAGAAAAAGGACCUCCUCAUUUGGGGACUUCUCCUAAUCAUUAGCCUUCUCUCAACAACCAUUAUUCUAAUUCUCUUGAGAAGUUUGUACAUGAAGAGGCGAUAUCACUAUCAAGACGAUAAAAGUGAUAUGAUUGAUUUUGCCUUCAGUACAACGAUGAGUAUUGGUUUAUUUCAAUGUGUUGUUGUCUACAUAAUAAUCAUAAGUCGCAAUAGGGAGAAGAUUAUGAAUGUUUUUCAAUACUAUGAGAAUGUCAUGAAGGUUCAUGAUCCCCUCAUGACGGAAAUCAGGGAGAAGCAGUACGCUGAGAAUAUGAAAAUUUGCUAUUUGGGCGCAAAAUACCAUCUAUCUGCUACCUUUGUAUCGUGGUUUGGAAUUGUUGGACACGACAUAAUUCGAUCUGGAGGUUCAUCCCCUAUGCUCUUUGACAUUCCAGGCAUCCCUGAGGAGAGUAUUUUCUACUACCCCUGCAACUUUAUCUACCAAUUUCUCCUAUUCUUCUCCCUCUUUGAACUAAUAAUGGUGUCAGACGUUGUAAUAAUGAUCACGAUUGCUUGUUGCAAGAAGGAAAUUGAUGCAAUUUCUGAGCUUCAAUCAACCCUAAACGAUGAAGAAUUGUCAAAGAAUUCCGCAGGAAAAAUAAUAAGAAGAGCCCACGAAGCUCAUCUUGUGCUUGCAGAUAAAGCUUCAAUGCUAAAAAUGUUCUUUUGGCACAUAUAUUUCUACAAACUCUUCUCCAUCUUGUUGUACCUCUGCACCAUGUCUGUGGGCUUACAAGGCCUCAAUGGGAUCUUCCCCUAUGGAGCUGCAAUAAGUGUCUUCGUCAUGAUGCUCGAAGCAUUCCUCCUUUGCUACUUUGGACAAACACUGAAGGAUAGUUCGGAAAAAAUGUCCGAUGCCAUUUACAUGUCCAAAUGGUACGAGAUGAAUGUGAAGGAUCAGAAGAAUCUCGUAAUCAUCAUGAUAAGACUACAGCAUCAAGUUCAAGUGGAAACCUUUGGAUUUGGAACCAUUUCGAUUUAUACUUUUGUUCAGUCCACAGUGAGAGAAGCUUUUAUAUAUUUGAGAAAUCAUUUCACAAUUUAUUAUUUGCUUCUUGUCUUAAGUACGGUGAAGAUGGUUUUUUGGAGAAGGAACGACAAAAUGUCUUUCAAGGAAAUAAUCCUUAUUCUCUUAAUUCUCUGUGAAUUGUUUAGUGAAUGCUGUGGAAAAUGGUGUACAGUGACGGAAACGGAAUACGUGGUUGAAAAGAAAUUAAUUAAAGUUACCAAGUACAGAAAGAUCGCCGUAAAAUGUAAUUGGUAUAGUAUGCAAAAGGAUUGUCAUAAAAGAGUACCAUAUCAGGAUCAAGAAUACGUCAGUAAUUAUGUGCCUAAAACGGUUGAAAAGAAAGUCUGCUGCACUGGAUACAACGAGGAAUUAGGAGAAUGCAAGCCAAUUUGUGAAAAAGCUUGUUUAAAUGCCAAAUGCGUAAGUCCAAAUACCUGCAAGUGCAACAAUGGCUACAAGAUAUUCUCAGAACAUGCUCCUCACAGAUGCAUCCCAAGUUGCAGUGGAUGUGAAUUUGGAAGCUGCGUUGCCCCGGAAGUUUGCAAUUGCGCUUCAGGCUACAAACGAGCACCGAUUUAUCAUCAGAGCAAAUGCAUUCCUUAUUGCAGGGAUGAAUGUCCUCGUGGAAGCACGUGUAGUCAACCGGAUACAUGCACAUGCCUUCCAGGAUACAGAGAGAUUUACAGAGAAGACAAACUGAAGUGUUUAGGCGAGGGAGAAACUGAAGAACCUCCAACAACUACAACAGAACUCACAACAACCGAAAGUACGACAACAACAACAGAAAGAACUACAACAACAACUCAACUGCCUACAACAGAAAGGAUCACAACAACUGAACUCCCAACAACGGAAACCAGUACAACAGAGGCGAGCACUCUAAGAAACAACAACACACCAACGUCCACUUUACCUCCUUCAACUGAACCCGAAAGCACAACCGCCAAAGAAGACUCAACGGAUUAUUCAGAAAUCGAAGAAGUGCCUGCUGAAGAUCCAACAAAUUCAACCAUUUUGGUUCAAAUUCACAAAGCAGAAAAUGAUUCUUCAGUGGAAGUUGUUUCCGAUGAUCCGUGGUUGGGUGAGGUAGAAGCCACAACAAAUAGCACACGUGAGUUAAUUGACAAAAUUCGAGAAAACAGAGCUAUUUACAGUAUUCUGGGUAAGCUCUGGUACUGCCUACUGGCCGUUGUGGUAGUUUUGUGCGCCAUAUUUGCCACUAAAUAUUACUUAAAACUCCAAACGAAGGAAUACAAACUCGACAAAGAAAACGACGUUGAAGUUCAUUUUUUUGCAUCAGGAGAAGAAUAUUUGUAAGAAAAUUAAAUUUAAUCUUCAAUCAAGGGUUUUUUGAAUGAAUAAUUCGUCUUUUGAAUAGAACUUUAUUUUAUUUUUCUUUUAAGAAUUAUUCAUAUUUAAGGUUAUGUCUAAAUCUAAUAGAUCUAGUAAGAAAAUUGUAGAAAUAUUGUAAACU